AUGUCGACAGCAGGGACGGUCGUGGCCAAGUCUGGCCGCCGUGGGAAAUGUCCAUGCUCCUUCUGCGAGCAGAACGCACCAGCGGGCCAGUGCGAGAAGAUCGGUGAGUUGUACUUGUGCGGAGAGUGUCAGGGCUUCGCCAAGACGUCGGGCUACGAGUUCAGAGCGCUGGUGCACAUGAAAUCAAAGGCGCCAGCAAGAUGGAAGGAGCGCAAGGCCCAGAAAGAGGAGUGGAAGGCUGGCAAGACAGCGGACGCUAGCCAACGAGGGUUCGAAGGAGAAGAGGUCUACGAGGAGAUCGUCCAGGAGAGUUCUUUAGCUGAGGAGUUUACCUUCCAGCCUCGCGACGACUUCAAGGAUGAGCACGGCUGCUUGCCCGACCAGGCGAAGGCGAUGACGUUGCGACUGACGAACGCGAAGGGCGAGGAUUCCUUCGGAGUGGUGGUCCUACAUGACGAUGCGAAGCCACCGACGCUCAGGGUCACGACGACGAGACGGCUCUUUCGCAAGUUUCCGAUUCUGAAGCCAGAGAAGAAUUUCUACAGAGCCCAGCCCAGCACCCUCUUCGGGAACCUGUCCAAUGAUCGGGCACGCGCGCACGGGCAGAGAUUCGGCAACAAGUACCAGCCCAAGGCCAAGAAGUUCAGCGCCUACUCCAAAGAGUGCAUCAAGGCUCACGUGGAGAAGAACUUUUCGAAGGCGAAGGGCUUGCGCCGCCUCGUGGAAGGAGGGGACCCCGAUCACGACGACGACUCCAUGGGCGACUGCAGCAGCGAUGCUGGGGGGUCCGAGGAUGGUGGAGACAACGCCGCGGCCCCUGCGGCUUCUUCAGCGGCUGCCUCCCCAGCAGCCGCGGUGGCAGCGGCCUCGGAGCCGCCUGGGGCUGCAGCGUUCGCAGGCGUGGACUUGAAGAGGAACGUUGCCUGGGCGAAGGACUGCGUCGCGCGCUUGGCAGCCCGGGGCGAGGCGGUGUCGGCGAACCACCUCUCUGAUCACAUCGCGGCGGUGGGGUUGUCCAUGCAGCUGAUGCGCGACCUUGGCAACGAUACUUACUCCUUCGGCGACUUGAAGGGCACCCUGACUAAGCUCGUCGACGCGAAGGUGGAUUUCGAUUCCAACAUCAAGAGCAAGCUCCUUGGGAAGAGGCUGUGCUCGUCUGUCAUCGCCUUCGGGAAGGAGGAGUCCGACGACGCUGCCAUCUGUGAGCUCGUAUCCGUCAUGAUGCCGUUCAAGGCUGGUCAGCACGCAGCCGACGAGGACGCGGUCUUGGAAGGCACCGAGGUCACGGAAUUGAUGACGGCACGCGCUGAGGAGGAGUUCGGCCCGAUCAAUGUGUCCAUGGCAACAAUCGACGGCACGAUGGAGUACAAGUUCACGCUGCUGCUGACGGUGCUCUUGAAGGAGAUCAUCCCUGCGGUGAUGGUGGUGGAGUCUGGUCAAGCUUCAUCGGCUCGCCUGCUCACUGCCAUGCUGGUCCAGUUCGAGACAGGCGUUGAGGAGGAAGCCCAGGUCCCGACGGCUGCCGUCGAUGUGCUGAACGUGCCCCGCGUCAUGUGCGCCCUCUCCGACCCAACUGCCAGCGUGGACUUCGAGGUGCUGGAGGAGUUCUACGCCGUGCAGGCCAAGAAGACCAAGGGCGCGCUUGCGGAUCUGGGCGUCGUGCUCCGGUUGAACGAUCACUGGAAGCCGCUCUACGAGGAGUUGCAUCGCACCCUGCAGGGCGCCAAGGAGUGGAUCCCCAAGAUGUUCAAGUGCGCCGAGGCGGUUGGCAACGUCAAGCGCAACUUCAACGGGCUCGAGCUUCCCCAUCCGAUUGUCACGGAGGUGAUCGACAUCAUCAAGACGAUUCGAUCGACAUUGCGAACGGGCUCCUCGCACGUGCUCGAGGUCAGUUGCAGCGGGCUCAUCGGGAUGAUCAUGGAGAGCAUGUUCGACAACAAUGGCGUGAAGAAGAACGGCGACGGCUUCGCCCGUGAGGAGCUGGCUGCCGCCACCAAGGUCUUCGAGGACGGCGCGGCCCUCAAGAUUAUGGCAGAGGAGUUCGGCGUGAAGGCGAUUGCUGACAUCAACGCGGUCAUCGAAGCUGCAGGCGUUCGUGAGGUCGUGGACGGACUCCUGAAGAAGAUGGCCGAUGGCGUCAAGGGGCCAACUGGGAAGAUCGACGUGAAUCUCGUGCGUGUCAUCCUCCUCGAUGCCCAGGGGGUUCAAGAUGGUGCGGUUGCCCAGGACAACCAGGCGGCGGUUCUUCACUUCUGCAGUGGCGUGUGGGACGAUAUCAAGAGCGACGCGACUAGCGACAACGGGAACAUCGCGGGGAUGAUGAUCGAUAUCUCUGGCAUCAUCCCCAACAGCAACAUCAAGAGCAUCUUCACGGCGUUCAACGCGAUGGUGCAAGCGAAGGCUGCCAUGGCUGCCCACGUGGAGGUCUGCCGCGGCGAGUCGGAGGGCAGCCGCGUCAGCGACAAAGAGCCCAUGGACAAGAUGGAGACAAUGAUGUCGAAGAAGCAGGCGCUCGACAAGGCCUUGCGCGAUGUCGGCGGGGACGAGCGUGCUGCGAUCAUGCAGGAGACGAGCAACGCCAUCAAGCUCUACGUCGACAACCAGGGCAACAAUGCCAUGAAGCUGCUGGAGACGGCACUGGGCAGUGGACUGGAGGCGACUGCGACGUGGGCUCAGGGUUCUGGCGACGGAGAGUUGCGGUGGAAGGCCGUGCAGGACGUGAACGACUUGACGGAAUUGUUGGCGAGGGCUGGCGCGACGGUGUGCGAGAGCAAGGCGGACCGCUACCUCGACGAGAAGACUGACCUCGAGAGGAUGGCUAAGCACUACGAGGACGUGGCCAGUGUGUUUCAGAAGCCCACGCAGCAGGAGCUCAAUAUGAAAGUGCUGGAGCUGGCUGGGGCCCUGGCGCAGUCGUACAUCGAAGGCCUCGUGUGCGUGCUGUUUCAGAGCACGGAGUACACGAAGGAGGAGAGGAAUAAGAAGGUGCACGGCAUCAAGAUGCUGGCUGGCCGCAUGAAGGCCAAGUGGCAGAGCAUGCCGCAGGGGUUGCUCGAGAGGGCCGCGAAGGCCCUCAAGCUGCAGUAG